GAGGAGCUUGCAGGCUCAAGUAGAGGACGCCAAUCAAAGCAUCAACUUCAAAUUGUAUCUGAGAGAUCAGCCUGGAGACCUCAGGGCCAGGCGCGUCAGUCGGAGCGCAAUUGUUGAUCAGAUCACAUCCAGCGGACUUUGCGCGAGAAAAGAGAGGAAGCAGAGAUUUAAGAGCGGUUUGUUUUGACUGCAUACCGUUGUAUGUCGGUAGUAGCUGCGACUUUGGCUUAAACACUUUCUCUUUACUCAUCCGGGUUUUUUCUUUUUUUUUCUUUUUUCUUUUUCUUUUUUCUUUUUUGUGCCUCGCAUACUUUUUUUACGCACAGUUUAUCGGACAAAAGAACUGUGCGGUGGAGAUGUCUUUCCCCCAGCUAGGGUACCCGCAGUACUUAAGUGCCUCCCAAGCGGUUUACGGGAGCGAAAGACCGGGAGUGCUUACGCCUUCGUCCCGGGGAGGGAGCACCGAAAUCGGGGGAAGUCCGUCAGCCACUGCAGCGGCUGUCACGUCAGUCUUGGGCAUGUACGCCAACCCGUACGCACACAACUACAGCGCUUUCUUACCGUACACCAGCGCGGACUUGGCUCUUUUCUCACAAAUGGGAUCCCAGUACGAACUGAAGGACAGUCCUGGCGUCCACCCUGCCAGCUUUGCAGCCCACACAUCUCCUGCCUUCUAUCCAUACGGCCAGUUUCAGUACGGAGACCCUGCUAGGCCUAAAAAUGCCACCCGGGAGAGCACCAGCACAUUGAAAGCGUGGCUCAAUGAGCACAGGAAGAAUCCGUACCCGACCAAAGGGGAGAAGAUCAUGCUGGCUAUCAUUACCAAAAUGACGCUGACGCAAGUUUCCACCUGGUUCGCCAACGCCAGGAGGAGGCUCAAGAAGGAGAACAAGGUGACCUGGGGAAGCAGGAGCAAAGAGGACGAGGACGGUAACUUGUUGGGCAGUGGAGACGAAGCAGAAAAAAACGAAGACGAGGAAGAGAUCGACCUGGAGAGCAUAGAUAUAGACAAAAUCGACGACAACGACGGGGAUCAAAGCAACGAGGAUGAUGACGAUAAGUCAACGGAGGGCAGCAGGGACCGUAGGGGCGGCCUCAGUGCAACGGGAGAGUUGGACAACUUAGAGAAAAGACGGGCCUUCGCCCUACAGGCCCACGAGGCCUUUGAAAAAUCUAAGAACGCUAUUUCAAUUCACCCAGGGAGUAAGGAGAACUCUGAUAGCAGCAACAACAACACCACAAGAGUUUUGUCUCCGGACAGACCUGGGAGCUUUCCUCUCCCAUCCAACAAUAAGCCCAAAAUAUGGUCUUUAGCAGAGACCGCUACUAGUCCCGACAGCUCGUCACAGAAACCCACGUCCCCUUGCGGCACUGGGGCCACCACUCACCCCUCAGCGCCCCACCACCAGAUUCAGACCCACCCCGCCUUCCUCCCCAGUCACGGACUGUACACUUGCCAGAUUGGAAAGUUCCACAAUUGGACAAAUGGGGCUUUCUUGGGCCAGAAUUCCCUGCUGAAUGUUAGAUCGUUUCUGGGAGUAAACCAGCACCACCACCACCAGCACAACCAUCACUUGCCGGCCCAGCAGCAGCAGCAGCCGACAUCAGUGGUGGUGUCGCCGGUAGCAGCUUCAGCAGCGCUCACCAAUGACAGCAAAGCCCAACCAGAGAGCCACAGUCCGAAACACAUAGAUCACGAAAACGGUGUAAGGUCGGAUUCACCUCCAACACAGACCCUGAAGUCUUCUUUUCGACCCAUCCAUGACAGAUCCUCUCUGCCUUCCAGCGCCAGGAGUCCACAAGACGCCACGCAACGGGUCCUCACUGCACUCUCCUCGGCUUGAUCAAGACAUUUUUUUUUUUUGCUUGAAAAAAAAAUCAAAUAGAAAAAAAAAAACAAAGACUUUACGCUCUCUAAAAAGGACAAUGAGAAAUAAUAAUGCAGCAUAGCAUUCAGACGGUACAGAACAAAUGGCGUAAUUUGGUAAUAUCCUGUGGAUGGAUGGAUUACUUCCUCUAUUGUUGUGUAGCUUAUAAUCGCGCCUAUAAUGUUACUCUCUCUCUCUCCACUUUGCCCAGGCAGGCUGGGACAUUUUGGUAGGCUGUUUACUUUAUUAUUAUUAUAAUUAUUGUUAUUAUAAUUAUUAUUUGUCACUAUCUUGUGUUUUUUGGUGUCCUUUCUUUAAUGUAAAUACAAGUGAUUUAAAUUUGUAAAUAGGAAAUGUUGAAGGAAUUUGUCCAGAUCGUAUAUUUUGCCUAAAUAAACUAAAUGAAAUUAUAGAGAAAACCCAA